UUUGACAUCUUUUACGUAUUUCCCAUGUGUUUUCAUAUUUCUGUAAACAAAUUCUAAAAAUGUCUGUGGUGAAGAAAAAGAAGCAUGUAUCGAAAAAGAAUAAGAAAGCAUGGCGUAAAUACUGUGAUAUCAAAGAUGUAGAGGAUUUCCUAGAAGACCAACGCUUAGAAGAAAGACUUGGCAAGUUUGAUGAAAAACCAGACAAUGAGUUGUUUGUAGUAGACACACAAGGGGAUAAGAAAAGUGUAGAAGAUGAGGAUGUGAAACCAAUUUUCUUAUCUGCCAAGCAGAGGAAACGGCAGAAACUUGCAGAAAUACCCAAAUGCUAUGAAGUAUUAUUGCCAUCUUCUAAGGUUGAAGAUCCAAAUAAAAAACGUAAUCAUGUAAAUCCAGUGGGCUUCAAGCCUACAGCAUUAAGUAAAAUAACGGAAAAGCGUCGCUUGACUAAAGGCACUUAUCAGAAGAAAGUUCAAGAAGCAAAAAGGAACAGAAAGUUGGAACUGCAAAAGAAGAAGAAAAUGAAGAAAGCAAGAGAGACUUUUAAGUUAAAUCUUUGGGAUGGUGAUAUACCGGAAAUUAAGGGAAUCCCAGAAACACUGUGCGAAGAAUUUAUAUCCCCUGAAGCGCAGUUACAUAAUGUAUUGCCAGUUCAGAGAAUCAGACCAAAACCACCUCCGCCUAAGACAGUUGUCACUAGAGCAGCAAUGGAGACCCCACACCCUGGCAUCAGUUAUAAUCCAUCAUACAAAGAACAUCAGGAGUUGCUUCAGGAGGUGGUGAAUCAUGAGGAAAAGAUGAUGAAACGAGAAGCUCACUUGCUCAGGGUCACCAACAAAAUGUUCAGUAAGGUCACUGCUAAAGAGAAAGAGAAUCAAUGGCGCGAAGAAAUGAGUGAAGGUUUACCCCAACCACAUAACCCUGCAAACAACCCGGAAGAGUCUGAUACUGACAACGAAUAUAAAGCAGUGAAUCCACCCGUUCAGAACAAGAAAAAGGAUCACAAGGCUAGAAGGAAACAGAAGGAGCAAAUAGUGGAACGGGAAAGGUUAAAGAGGGAGAAAAUUGAAAAGAAGAAAGUCACUGAUUUGUAUAGACUACGGAAAUUACAAUCUUCAAUAGUGAAAACAGAAAAACUCCAAAAAGAGGAACGUUCAAAGCGCUCAAGUAAACGUAUUGCGGCUGCCGCCACUGCGGUGCCCGCUCUCAAUGCACACAAAGUCAGCAAGAAGGAGCCGGACUUUGUUGAUCCUGAACUACUUACAGGGGACCUGAGGCAACUCAAUGCUAAAGCAAACCUCUUACGUGAACGUUACGAGACGCUCCAACGACGCGGUGCCCUCGCUGGAGCCAAACUUAUGAUGAAGAAGAAGAGGAAAGUGAAAAGGUACUUCAAACCAGGACACAAGGUCACCGACCAAGAGAUCGAGAGGUACAUAAAUAAAUCCAAAAUUCUGAGUAAAUCAGACAAAAAGUGACCUUAUAGACUUUGUUUAUAAGAUAUAAAGUUGUAAAGUAGAACUUUUUACAAUAAAUUAUAUUGG